GUGUUUGUUUUAAUCGCCGGGAAAGACGUCAUCGAAAUGUCGUUCAUCAAACAGUUUGUGAGGGAGCGGCUCAUGGCGGCGGCUGAUGAAAUAUUCGAGAUGUUUGAGACAACGAUCACGUCGUACGAGGAAGAACUUGCUCGAACGAGAGAGGAGAACACGCUGCAACGACAACAACUGGACGCUGUUAGCGAGACUCCAAACGUGAUCCGCGAUAAAGAUGUCCAAGAGGGGAGCUCCACUUUUAAGCCGCAGGAUCCACAGCCCCCCCACAUUAAAGAGGAAUAUGAGGAACUCUGGAUCACUCGGGAGGAAGAGUGUAUUUUCAGGCUGGAGGAGACUGAUCUCACACUGACUGUAGUCUCUGUGAAGACUGAAGACCAUGAUGACAAACCACCUGAGUUUUCACAUCACUUGUGUCCAGCAAACGUCCAGCAGCUUAGUCCACCUCAUCCACAUGGAGAGAACUCCACUUUGGAAAUUAGGGAUCCACAACACCGUAACGUUAAAGAGGAAGAGGAAAAAGACUUCUUUCUAGGGUCGGAGGAGGCUGAUCUCACCACUGUUGUUGUUUCUGUUAAGACUGAAGAUGACAAAGGCAAACUACAAGGAGACAAUUUCUUAGCCCCACUAUCAGAACGUGAGGAGGAAGACAGAGACGACAGCCAAGAAGCUUUCAGCAGUGAUACGGUCUGUGAAGAUUUGACGAGGACUCACACUGACAACAAACACUCUGAAAAGAAGACUGAUGAAGAACAUUCCACCUGCUCACUUUGCGAUCAAAUCUUUUCUAAAAAGACCGAUUUCACCCGACAUAUGCGAACACACACAGGGGGAAAACCCUUUAAAUGCUUACUCUGCGAUGAAAGAUUCACUAACAAAGCAUCCUGGUUAUUACACAUGAGUGAACACACAAGACCAAAGCCGUUUAGUUGCUCAGUUUGUGAUAAAAAAUAUUCCACUAAGACUCAAGUCACACAGCACAUGAGAACACAUACAGGCGAAAAACCCUUUAGUUGUUCAGUUUGCGACAAAAGUUUCUCUUUUAAAAAAUCUGCGGUAGACCACAUGAGAACGCACACGGGAGAAAAACCCUUCAGUUGCUCAGUUUGUGAUAAAAAAUUCUCUCAUAAUAAAACAAUGGUAUCCCACAUGAAAACCCACACAGGGGAAAAACCCUUUAUAUGCUCUGUUUGUCUUAAAACAUUCUCUCUGAAGAUACAUAUGUUAACACACAUGAGAACACACACAUGGGAAAAACCCUUUAAGUGCUCAAUCUGCGAUGAAAGAUUUACUAAGCAAGCAUCCUGGUUAUUACACACGAGUGAACACACAAGACAAAAGCCGUUUAGUUGCGCAAUUUGUGAUAUAAAAUGUUCCUCUAUGACUGAAGUCACACGGCAUAUAAGAACACAUACAGGCGAAAAACCCUUUAGUUGUUCAGUUUGCAGCAAAAGUUUCUCUCUUAAAGCAUCUGUGGUAGGCCACAUGAGAACGCACACGGGAGAAAAACCUUUCAGUUGCACAGUUUGCGGUAAGGGAUUUGCUCUAAAACCAAACAUGACUUCGCACACGAGGACACACGCAGGAGAAAAGCACUUGAGAUGUUCACUUCGUACAAAACAUUUACCUUGCAUGAAACUUUGAUGAUACACAUGCGGACACACAAUGGGGAAUAAAUGUUUUCUUGGUCACUUUGUGCUUAAAGGUGUCUAUGAAUGUUCUCAUUCAUCCAGGCCAUUGUCAUCGCUGGGCAUUCAAUCCAUCGCAACUGGACUGUUUGGUUUUUCUUAGAAGACGUUUCGACGCUCAGCCGAGUAGCAUACCUGCCAACUACUCCGGUUUUCCCGUAAUUAGUACGGUUUUCAUCAACCUAUUCCGGGUUACGGUUGCAGUGAUAAAAAUACGGUUUUUCAUUAAUUAAAUUUUUUUUUUUUUUUUAAAGUUUUAUUCACGAAAUCGCGAACCAACAAUGACAAUCGACACUGCUUCCCGUAACUUCCUAUCGAGCCAUUCCGAAUGCCAUGCGCGAGGCUAUUUAUAGCACCGCUGCCAAGCACGAGGCACCAGUUGCCAUUGUUUCCAAACGAGCGAACAGUCAUGGAAUCCGCCGGAGAAAAAUCGCAAUUGAGUCUUAAACCGAAAAGAAAACUGCAGUCAUUCCGUGAAGAAUAUUCAAAAGCCUAUCCGGGAAUAAUUAUCCGUUCCAAAAAGGGUGGAAACUACGCGAAUUGCACCUUGUGCGGACAAGAUUUUUCGAUCGGACACGGAGGAAUUAGCGAUGUAAAAGACCACGUUGGGACAAAAAAACACAAGUCUAAUGCCGUUGCUAGCGAUACAAGUGGAAAACUUUCAACGUUUUUCGUCGCCCAAACAGAUUCUUUGGAUGUGAUAAAUGCCGAAGUUUUAUUUACGGAGGCAAUAAUUGAGCAAACAAAAAGGUAAUGACACCAAUGUUAUCUAUUGGAAUUGUUUAGUACUG